GCGUACUGUUUCCUCAGGAGACGCCUCCGUUGUCCUCCUGGUCUCUCUCUCUGUGGCAUCUCUCCCUCCCUCACGUGUUGCUGGAGGGAGCCCCCUCCUCCCCCACCCCGGCUGAAGAGGGCGCGCGCGCGCGCUCUAGAACGUCCCAGCUGCCCUCAACGGCCGUUCAGCGACCGGUUUCUGGGCUGGCCACUCGGGACUCCGUCAGGCGCGCUUAGUCCUUCCUUUUGCGAGGCGAGGAGGAGUCUCGGGGCGAGGGACCGGUGUACUCCACUGCCGCCGCCUCCUUCCUCGGCCAGCCGGGCGGGAGGAUGAAGAAGAUCUUCGGGUUCGGGAAGAAAAGGGAGAAGCAGCAGUCUCCCUCCCGGCCAGCGUCAGGCGGGGCGACUGCCUCCCCCAGCGGCGGCGAGGGCGGCAGCCUCAGCGGAGGAGGCUAUGAGGUGUGGAGGAGCAAGGACCUGGGCAAGCUGCACCGGGCAGCAGCCACCGGGGACCUGAAGAAACUCCAGCAGCUCGUCAGGAAGCACGACCUCAACCAGCUGGAUAAAGCCAACAGAACACCUUUACAUCUUGCCUGUGCCAGUGGAAAUACAGAUAUUGUUAUGUUCUUGGUAGACAACAGGUGCAAACUAAAUCUUUGUGAUGAUGAUGCCAAGUCUCCGCUAAUGAAGGCUGUGCAGUGUCAGCACGAAUUAUGUGCAACUUACCUACUAGAACAUGGAGCAGACACUAAUCUUGUGGAUGCAAAUGGUAACACUGCUCUCCACCUUGCUGCAUCUAAUGCUAGCAUAUCUAUAGCACACCGACUGAUUGAACACAAUGCCCGUGUUGAUGUACAGAAUAAGGAUGGGAGCACACCUCUUACUAUUGCUAUAACUGAAGACAAUCAUAUAAUGGCAGAGUUUCUUCUUAAAAAUGGAGCAGAUAUACAUUUCAGAGAUAAUGCAGGAAGAACACCUCUACUCACUGCUGCUUCUCAUGGAAAACACAAUUUAGUAAAACUACUUCUUCUACAUGGAGCAGAUGCUUCCCAUAAAGAUUGCAAUGGAUGGUCAGCAGAGGAUUAUGCUCUAAUUAGUGGAGAUCCUAGUCUUAGUCAGAAAAUUGCUGAAUAUGCCAAUUGCAGAAGUGGAGAAAAGUCCUCUACUGGCAGUAAAAAAGACUUGUCUGUAUUUAACAGUCCAGAUAAAGCUGGAGAUGCUGGUUUUACAUUGGGUGCACCUGCUACAAAUAAAGAAGUUGUAGAUGACCAUUCUUCUGAUGAUUCCAUAAGGGGUUCUGGAAAAACAGAUGAUAGCUGGCGUUCUUCAGAGGGGGAAGAAUUAGACUUCAGCCCUAAGAAACUACAGAAACCAAGUUUGGCUCAGCUAAUGAAUGUUUCACAGCAGCUCAAGAAAAUUAACAUUGAAACUGGAAAUAAUCGGCCAUCAAAAGAAAACUUUAAAGCAGGGGCUCAAAUAUCUGUUCACCCCAACCAGCAAGAAUUGAAAGAUCAAAGUGAUUCUCUUGCAAGCAAUGAGGAGGAAGAAUAUGAAGAGGGAGAGGAAGAGGAGGAGGAGUCUGGAGAUGAUGAUGAAGAAGAAGAGGAGGAGGAAGAGGAGGCAGUGGAAGAAGAUGGGGAAUCAGAAAUGGAGGAUGACUUUAGUGAAGAAAGGGAAGAUGAAAACAUAGUAGAAGAAGAAGAAAGUCAGGGCAAGAUAGAAAAUGAGGAAGAGGAAUAUUUUAACUCAGGAGAGAGAGAGGAAUUGUCAGAAAUGUGUGUAGAUAAUGAACAUGAAGCGGGGGGCAACCAUGCAAAUACAAAUAUUUCUAGUAGUAAUAAUGAUAUAUGCAGUGUAGAAGAAAUGCAGGGAACUGGUCAUAUGCCUGUGUCUUUUAUAGCUGGGAAAUAUGAAUGUUCAAAUGAAAACGGAGCUAUUAGCAAAGUAAAUAAUGAACUACCCAAUCAUUCAUCUGAAAGGGUAAAUAAUAAUGAAGCUAAGGAAGUCAAUGAAUUUCAAAAUCAUGAAAUUCCACAUGAGUGCCAGGAAAGUGUUGUUUGUUCAUUGGAGACUUUUGAAGCAACAGCUUUGACCAAAGCUGCACUUGCAUCCCCCUUGAAAAAUAAUAAUGACAAUGGGAGGAAUUCAAAUCUGAGCGAUUCCUUUGAAAGUAAUGAUGAUCAUGGGUCUGAGGUAGAACUUGAAAAAUGCAAAGCUAGACAGCAGAACUCCAAGAGUCCUGUUCUUGUGAAUUAUCAAGAUGGCAGAGGAAAACAGUACAUGGAUCCAGAAGAACUACAGAAUGCAAUAUAUGAACCACUAGUACAGAAAAGUGAAAACAUUGAGGAAGAAAAUCCAAAAGAAAUUAUUCCACCUAACAGCAAAGAGGACUCUUCUGAAGAAGAUGAGGAAAAAGGAGACAGAGAAGAGGAAAUGGGGAACGUUUUGAAUAAAAAAUUGAAAAAGUACGAUAGCAAGGCUCAGAAUCUCUUGAAGGAUGACAUCGUUAGAAAGGCUGCAUUGGCAUCAGAAGCAGAUGAAGAAGAGGAUGAUAAAGAUACAGAAUCUCCAUGGGAUUCAGAGUGUAUUUCAGAAAGUCCCAGAAAGCCAAGUGUUGGUUUCUUGCCUACAUCUCCUUCUAAAGUCAGAUCACAUAUGCACAGUAUUUCAGAAGAAGCCCGUAAUGGGAAAUCAGAUGACUUGCUGCCAGAGACCACUGAAGCAAAUGUGGAUCAUGUUGGUUCUUAUACUCCUCUUGUAAUGGGGACAGAGACCAGAGAAAAGCAAAAAUCAGAUUUAAUGGAAAAACUUGGUUUAGAUGAUGCUGAUGAUAUUGAAGAUGAAUCAGACUGGGAUUCUACAAGUGUUUCACUUAAGAGUGUACCCUCUGGUAAACCCUUUAACAUCUUGAUACUGGAAGAACAUGAAUCUCCACUACAAUUAAGAACAAGUGAUGCUGCAACCAAAACAUCUGAAGUUUUUCCUGUGGGACCGGAAGAAUUACCUGGGUCUCAAGUAAUAAUUGCUCUAGAAGAUAAAGUUGCUUGCAUCCAUGCCGAUUUGAACUCCAGGAUUUUGGCAGUUCCAGGAGAUGUGCCUCAGCAACCUUCUAGUCCAAUUGUGGUGCAUUAUUCUCAGUUAGUGCAACCUGAAGAAGUGGACAAGGUCCCAAGCAGUGUACAGGAAGCAACAUGUGCUCUGGACCCUUGCUCUUCAUGGCUAGUAAAAUCUGCCAGGGAAGGAAUAGGGCAGCAGAGUAAUGAAGAAGCAAUCAAGGAAACUGAAAGUGAUGAAAAUGAGGAUAAAAAUGUAAUAAGCACACCCAGCUCUGUAGAAAAACCAUCAACUGGAAAUCAUACAUACAACACAGAGGCUUCGUUUAUUUAUGACAAAAAGAAAACUGAAGCAGAAAUUCACAAUGAAGAAUCAAACAUUGAUCACAGUCAGUUUGAUAUGGCUCUGUGGGAAGCAAGAUAUGAAAAAAUGUGGGUUGCAAAUGAAAAAAAGGAAGUCAAAACCAAUUUCAAAAGCAUUACAGCGGAAUUAAAGCAGAUGUUUGGUGAAAUUAAUGUAAAUGAGGAAGUAAAUGAUACUCCUGAGGAAGGAAGAUCACAAGAUGGCUUCAGUGGUAUAUUGGAGAACAUAAAUGAAUUUCCACCACCUCAUCUCUCUAAAACUAUCAUUGGUAUACAAGGAAAAGAUGAUUCUGAAGAUGUAAUGCCUGUCAUUGUUGAAAAGAAAUUAAACACUGAAAAUUUGAGUUUAUAUCCUCAAAAUUCUGUUUCCCAGAAGCUUAUUUUUAAGCUGUGUGAACAUGGUAAACAAAAUGUUGGCGAGAAUGGGAAUGCGCAUUGUGAAGCAUUGUCUAACAAUGCAGAAGAUACAAAAGUUAAUAUAAAAGAAGAAAGGAGUGACAAUGUAUUUGUUCAGUUUGAAACAAAUGCGUGUGGAAAGACUACAGCUUCAGAAAAAUGUACCGAUACUUCACCAAUGCAUAGUUGUAAAGACAUUGUUUUAGAUGUAAUUUUUAAAAAUGUAUCUAUCAAGCAACCAGUGAUCACAGAUGACAGAAACAUGCUUUUUGAUGUAGCAAAAUGUAUAGCUCAAGAAACUCUACACCAUUUUAACACUGAUGUUUUUGGAGAAUCUACAGUCAGCAGUUGCAAAGAUGAAGCUGCAAUUGGAAAUAAAGUGAAAAAUUCUGACCAAUCCCACCAUCAAGCAUCAAAAAAAGAACUGGAUGAAGAAUUAGAACGUGAUGUUGCAAGAUUUAAGAAUGAAGUAGGGAUGUUGCAGAUAGGAUUCCUGGCACUGGAGAAAGAAAAAGCCCAGCUGCAAAAAGAGAUCUACAGAACAGUGGAUGUUAAUGAUUUUGAUGACAUAACUCAGUCUUCUGAUACAGCUACAGAGGAUGUUGAGCUGCCUUCUUCAGUCUUCAGAGACACCACAAUACUGAUAGAACAGCUUAGUUUGGAUAAAAAAGAUUCUGUAAAUCUUCUGAAAUUUCAAAAUAUAUUUCACGGAUAUGAGCGCUUAAUUGAACAUGAAAAGGAACGUUAUACUCGUCUUCUAGAAAAAGUAAAAAAAAGAGAGAGUGAGAAGAGAGAACAGCAGAGACUAUUGAAAGAAAUGGGAGAAAUGAAAUCUGUAUUGGAUCAUCAAAAAGCAGAACGGGAAAGGGAUAUCAGUAGUCUCAAGUUUUCUUUGAAACAAGAGGAAGAAAAGAGGAUGAGUGCUGAAAUGUUGUAUGAGAAGAAGCAAGAACAGUCAAGGAAAAAAGAGAAACAAUACUGUAAAGAGAUGGAAGAAAAACAGCAGCUUGAGUUAAUGCUGAGAAGUCUGGAAAUGGAGUUGAGAACACUGAAAAACCACCUGGAAGAGGUUGAUGAAGAACGCAGAGACACACAGCGACAGCUGGCUCAAGAACAGAAUGCCAGAGCUUUGCAAGAGGGUAUUUUGAAUACAUAUCUCUGGAAGCGGAAGGAAAUGGAAGAAGAAUCUAAAAAAAUAGUGUCUAAAAGCUCAGAGACGGCUGAUAAUCAUGACCAAGAAAAGGAGCUGUGGCACAAAAAUAAAAUACUCGAAAAUGAGCUUUCUGUAUUAAAAUUAGAACUUGACCACUCAAGAGUUCGGCAUCAGGAAGAAGAAGCCAACUAUUUAGAAGAAAAUGACAUUUUAAAAGAAAAAGUGGAAGAACUUAAGAAGGAUCUGAAAUUAAAUGAAGAAGCUUUGACUCAAACAGUCGCUCAAUACAGUGGACAAUUAAAUGCAUCAAAAGCAGAGUGUGCCAUGCUAAUCUCUAAAUUAGAGUUUGUUAAAGAAAAUAAGGAAAGACUGCAAGUAGAACUUGAUUCCUUUCGUUCCCGUUUAAGUUCUUCCACUCAGGAACUUGAACGGUGCCAGCUUUCGAGAACUGAUCUUGAGCGAAUGCUGCAACGAGAGCAUGAUGACUGGCUUCGCUUAAAAGACAAAUUGAAUCAUGAUCUGUGUAAUCUACAGGAGACCAACAAUGCCAUGUCUCAACAGUUAAGUAAAGCUGAAAGUAAAGGUAAUAGCUUAGAAAGUGAACUUCACCAUGUAACACACGCACUCAGAGAAAAGAAUUUACUGUUAGAAAGUAUUCAAAGGGAUUUGAGUCAGGCACAGUGUCAAGUGAAAGAACUUGAAAAUGCACGACAAGUUGAAAAGGAUCAAAUAAACAAAUAUGCUGUAAAACAGGACUCUUUGCAAGAACGAUUGGCACACCUCCAAAGUGAAAAUAUUUUACUUCGACAGCAAUUUGAAGAUCUUCAAAACAAGGGCAUCAUCAAAGAAAAAGUAGUGACUGAUGUCCAAGAUAAAUUUAAUGACAUUUUUAGUAAACUUAGAGCUGAUUUUGAAAAGCAAGUGCAACUUAUGGAAGAGAGAAAUAAGGAAUUAGUCAACAAAUGUAAUAAUUUAAGAGAGCAAACCUUUAAAUAUGAAGCAGAAAAAGCAGAAAGAGAGGGUGCAUUAAGACAACUGCAGCAGGAACUUGCAGAUUCUCUUAAAAAACAGUCCAUGUCAGAAGCUUCUCUUGAGGUUACAACACGCUACCGUAGUGACCUAGAAGAUGAUAAACGACAGCUUCAAAAGGAAAUAGACCGGAUAAAAUCUAAGCUGCAAGAAUCAGAAGAACAAUACAUUCAGUCUGAAAGACAUAUUCAUGAUUUAAGAAGUGCUUUGAAUGCUAAGGAACAUGAAACAAGUGUGGAAUGUCAGAAGUUGCAAGACCUGCUUGUAGUUUCAUCAGAAAGAAAUAAUACUAUAAAACAGUUGGAGGAGCAUAUACAGAGACUUGAAGUAGAAAACGCCAGAUUGGAAGCUACAACUAAACAACAAACCGGUAGAAUUGAGAUACUUCAGAAAGACUUGCAAGAUAGCGUCUCCGUUCACCAUCGUCUUGAGGAAUUGAUAACAAGUUUACAAACAUCAAAGAUCAAUUUAGAGGAGCAACUAAGUCACCAGGUGCAAAAGCAAAAUAUGCUUUCUGAAACUGCACAAGGUAUUCACAGUGUGUGGGAAGAACAACUGAAAUCAAGAUCGAAGCUUGGAAUUCGUGUUUCUGAGCUGGAUACAGAAAAACUGGAGCUGAUGUCUCAUCUUGAGGAUGAAAGAAAAAAAGUGAAGAAAUUACUAGAGUUAAAACAAUCAGUGGAGAUGAGGCUAGAUCAAGAAACAACGAGAAACAAUGAAUUACAAAAAGAAUGUAUUGGAACUAAGAAGCUUUUAAAAGCAGCUAAAAAGAAACUGAAAGAUUGCGAGAAUGGAGAGUGUUCAUCUCAAACGAGAUUUCAAGAAGUUGAAAAAAGAUACGUAGGCACUGAAGUUGAAAAAUUAAGAACAAAGGUAGAUGAGCUUUCUCACCAGCUGGACAUUAAGUCAACAAGAUGUACUCAGUUGGAAUCUACAAAUCACGAUCUACAAGAACAGUUAUCUUCUCUGAAGUUAGUUCACAAGAGUAAUGAAAAACUGAAGAAACGCAAUCAGCAGCUGGAAGAAGAAGUAGCUAACCUCCAACGUUACCUACAGGGUAAUUUGAUAGAGCAUCACCAAAUAGAAAAAUAUAAAAGGGACAUUGAAGAGCGAGCUAGACAAGACGUAAGAAAAAAACUUGAAGAAGUGAAUAUGUUUUUGCAGACACAGGCAGCUUCACAAGAAGCGUUGGAACAGAUAAGAACAUCCAAUAAUGCUACUGUGAGAAAUCAGCUAGAGCACAGAAUUAGAGAACUGGAAUCGGAGCUGGCCAGAGAGAGAAGCAGUAAGCAAGACAAUCUCUUUCGAGAGUCCAACCAUACUGAAUUGGAACAAUAUAAAGCUCUGUACUCAGAAGAGCAAAAAAUGAGGAAGUCUUUAGGAAGCAAAUUAGAUCGAGCUAAUGAGAGACUAGCAGAAGCCAACGCAAAGAUCCUUUAUGAGCGUCAGAGGAGCAGGUCUUUAUUUGCCAGUAGCUUUGUGAGUGGAAGCCUUUCUGCAAGUCCAGUCUUGGGAACAGUGCAGCUUGGAAAUCUUGGCAGCAAUGUAGCAUUAAACAGAAGUCUUAGCCUGGGAAGAGGGUUCAUCAGCCCAACUGCAAAUGCAUUACCCUCAAAAAAUAGAGCAGAAGCUUACUUGGCAAAGCUCCUUGAUCAAAAGUCUAUUUCUUCCUUCUCUUCUCUGCAACCAGAUACUUAAGACAGCUCCGAAAAAGGGCAACGGAGGCCAUGAAUUACAACAUAAGGUACAUGGCUGAAACUGAUACCAUUUCUUAAAAUAUGCAAUCUGAGUGCUUUAUGUGUGGCCAAUCCCAAAUCAGACCAUUUUAAUGUGCUCAGGCCCAUAACCGCUUCCACUGUACUGAAGCAUGCUGCUCAGAUCAGCUGGGAUGUUCGUGAGGAGAAAAGGGGAGGGGGAAGGGAGUGAUUGGGCAGAGAGCUUCCACUGUACUGAUCUGGAAAUAUUCACAUCAUUUCUGAAAUUAUGAACUCUCUUAUCCGUAUCGUCAAAUAUAACUUGUAUCUGGUUGGCUUUUAACAUUCAGCUUUUAAACUUGGUUUUAGCUAGGUCUGGUUUUAGUUUUUAUUUUGUAUCGUUUUAUAUUUUUUUGCUAAUUUUGUGAGCCACCCCAAGCAGUAUUACACUGGAGGGGUGGGAUAUAGCUUUUUAAAAGUUAUAAAGGGUUUUGUGGGUUUCAUGGGACUUCAGUUCCAUCCCAUGACAUUGAUGAAACAGAGAAACUCAUCCACGUUCUAACGUUCCAUCCACAGUGAUGCUGGAAAUGAUUCAGACUAUAGUGAGGAGGAAGAUAAAUAAUUCUUAAAUCAGUUUUCUAUGUCCUUUCUUGUCUCAUCCCCCUUUAAAGCCACGAAGGCUCACAACCAGCACCAAAUUCCAUAGAUUAAUCAUGAAUUAUAUGGGAAAGUACUUCAUUUUGUCUGAUCUAAAUCUCCUGAUAACCUGAUUCUAGUGUUGUGUAUGUGUAUGUGUGAGUGGGGGUCGGGGGGACUUCUCUCUUUCCACAUUUUUCAUGCCAGCAUAAUUUUAUAAGCAUCAGUCAUGUGCCUCUUAAUACUCUCUUUCCUAAACUAAAAUGUACUCCAAAUGUUGUACUUCUCCUCAUAAGGAAGGUGCUUCAGAUCCAUGAUCACUUUGGUUGCCACUGUGGUUCGCACAAACCAUAGUUUUGUGUUAUGUCUAAUCCAGCCCUAGACUCUCCAGUUCUCUCCUAAAAUGUGAGUAAAGACUUGUGUGAGGCCUGCUGAAAACUGGAAGAUGUGAAUUGAUAUCAAAAUAGAGCUGAAACAUUUGACCCAACAUGAAACUUUGCUCUGGUCCUUAUAUACUGUAUUAUAAUUUGAUAGUAUACCUGUGUAUGUUUUGUUUCAUAUCUAAUAAAAUGUCAACCAUAAUCUACAUGUAA